AUGGUCAAGGCCCGGGUAAUCGAUCGAUUGGGUAUAGCUGGAAUCAUCGACAAGCUCAAAUCUCGCGUCGCUGGAACGAAGGUCUACAUCAGUGUCGACAUAGACGUACUCGAUCCGGCAUUCGCACCUGCCACGGGAACAGCCGAAGUCGGUGGCUGGAGCACACGAGAGCUUUUGUCUAUUCUGGACGGUCUCGAAGGACUAGACGUCGUCGGGGCAGAUGUUGGUACGUAUUUUCCGAGCCCCGUUGACUUAUUAGUACGAGCACUAGAAGCUGACUGA